CGUUAUGUUCCCAUAUUAACUCUUAUAAUAAGGCUGUUACGCAAUGUCAUGUCGAUGGUUCCCAAAGGAGCUUGGGUUACCUGUGUUAUAACAGUGAAAUGUUAGUGACAAGUUUUCUGUUUGGACAGAGGUCUUGAAUACAGAACGCUUAUUUUCUCGUCGAAAAUUGUUACCACCGGCUUCCCGAAUUAAGUUCGACGCAGGUACGCCGUCUGAACCAGCCGUCGCUCCAAAGUCGCUCUAAAGUCGUACUUAAUCAAGUUUGGUUCGGCACAUGAGUGGAGCGACGUUUCGUACGCCGGGAUCAUUGAGAGAGAACCGUAAACAGGCUGUAAACCGAAACGUUAUUCAGGCUAAAAGGAGUAUAUGAUAUUCAGGCUAACCGAAGUGAUAUUCAGGCAAACUGGAGUGUUGUAACAUCUAAUAUGAAUAAACACAAGUCCAUUUAACGCAGAGCAUAUACAAGCAACUGACAGUCAUAGCCCUGUGCUGCAUGUAGCUGCUUCUCCACUCGACCAUCUGUACGUUCAAACGAUGGAGUCACGAACAGAAAACUUAGAACAAAUGAAGGACUCCCCUAAAGGUCACCCUGGAGCAGGAGAUGCAGAAUAUGACUUUGAGCAGACAAAGGCAGGCAAAGAUCUAAUUAAUAACCCAGGCAACCCUGUAUUCUCCUGUCCUACUGAAGUUCAAUUUAAUUCCCUUACUGCAGUAAACCAGGAUGAAGACUGGUUUGAAGGUUACAAUACUAAGAAGCAAAAUCCAAUGUAUAUGACAAGUUCUAUGGAAUAUGGGCGCCAUCGUCCAACAGUUCAUACCAUGCCCACAAGUUUUCAUGCUAAGUCUCAAACAUUCACAGAGAAGUUAGGAAAGUGUGGAAUGUUCAAAAAUCAAUCUCUCAAUACCGCUAUGGAUAAAAGCAUUGUUUGAAUACAAGAGAAGUCAACCAGUAGCGAUGUAAAAAUGUGUAUAGAUGCCUCCCUUUGAUUAACCAUGAUGUCUGUAUUUGUCCUUAAUAAAGUAAUGUUACUUAAA